AUGAGCUCGCAAUCUUUGAAGCCCCGACGUUCAUCCACUGUUCACGACCCGUACGCGGCACCCGGCGUCUACUACGGCCAACCCCACGAAAGGAAACAUGCUCGAGCCAACACUUACUCUGCAGUCGUAGACACCAAAGGCUCCGGUGGCCGCAAUGCACCAGUCGCCGACAGCUUCAAAGGCCGGCGCAUCAGUCACGACGAACAGUCAGCACAGCCGCGUCGCUUUCUUGUCCAGGUCGAGCCCACCCUCAAAACACUUCUCGCCCGUGAGGACAGCGACGGCAACUAUCAAAUUACCAUAGAUGACAAGGGUCCCAAGGUUUUGUCUCUCGGAACGCUUGCCUCCAAUGCCCACAACAAAUUCGACGUGCGAGGCACCUACAUGCUGUCCAACCUUCUACAAGAGCUUACCCUUGCUCAAGACUACGGCCGCAAAACCAUUGUGCUUGACGAAGCCCGCCUGAACGAGAACCCUGUAAACCGCCUUACACGUCUGAUUGAGCACUCGUUCUGGGAUGGACUGACACGGCGCAUUGAUGGUUCGAACAUCGAGAAGGUGGGCCGCGACCCGAAGGAUUGGACCGACGACCCGCGUCCGCGUAUUUACGUUCCGCACGGCGCCCCCGAGCAGCUGGAAUACUAUCAACGUAUCCGUGACCAACACCCCCAUAUGCUCUUAGACGUCAUAGAGCUUCCAGAGACCUGGAACGAUGAAUAUGUCAGAGAUCUGAACGAAAAGCCCGGUCUGCUUGCUAUUGCCAUGGAGGAGUGGAUAGAUCCUGAGACCAAGAAGAAGGACUUACGUGGCCUUCCCUUUGUGGUCCCCGGUGGCAGAUUCAACGAGCUCUAUGGCUGGGAUAGUUACAUGGAGUCGCUCGGUCUGCUGGAGAACAACCGCCCUGAGCUUGUCAAAGCUAUGGUCACGCAUUUCUGCUUCUGCAUCAAGCACUAUGGCAAGAUUCUUAACGCCAACCGGUCCUAUUAUCUUUGCCGAUCUCAGCCGCCCUUCCUUACGGACAUGGCUUUGCGAGUUUACGAACGCAUUAAGCAUGAGGACGACUCCAAGGAGUUCCUUCGCCAAGCCAUACUGGCCGCCAUCAAGGAAUAUUACACGGUGUGGAUGGCUGAACCUCGAUUGGAUAAGAAAACUGGUCUAUCUCGUUAUCGUCCAGGAGGUAUUGGCGUCCCUCCAGAAACUGAGGCUAGCCAUUUCGAGCAUGUCCUGCAGCCGUAUGCGGACAAGCACAACAUGACGUUCAAGGAGUUUGUCAGGGCUUACAACUACCAAGAGGUCGAGGAGCCGGAGCUGGACACCUAUUUCCUGCACGAUCGUGCCGUGCGCGAGUCCGGUCACGACACUUCAUAUCGUUUGGAGAAGGUUGCUGCUGAUCUUUGCUGUGUCGAUGUCAACGCACUUCUUUACAAGUAUGAGGUGGAUAUCGGUCGUACCAUCCGCAAUUACUUUGGGGACAAGUUGCCGCUUCCCAAGGAGUUCUGCGGUGAAGGCAUGACGGAAGGCCAUGUGGAGACAUCAGCAGUCUGGGAGCGCCGUGCUAGAGAUCGUCGCAAGCGAGUCGACAAGUAUCUUUGGGACGAGGAAGCCGGCAUGUACUUCGAUUAUCACUCAGUGUUGGGGCAACGAACCGGCUAUGAAAGCGCAACGACCUUCUGGCCCAUGUGGUCUGGUCUGGCCACUCCCCGACAGGCCAACGAAUUGGUCACACGAGCGUUGCCGAAAUUUGAGGUCUUCGGGGGGCUUGUCUCCGGAACUGAGAAAUCUCGCGGCAAAAUUGGCCUCGACCGGCCCAACCGACAAUGGGACUAUCCCUUCGGAUGGGCGCCGCAACAAAUUCUGGCCUGGGUCGGUCUGCAGCGUUACGGUUACGAUGCCGAGGCACAGCGAUUAGCAUACCGUUGGUGCUACAUGGUCACCAAAGCUUUCGUCGACUUCAACGGCGUCGUUGUGGAGAAGUACGAUGUUACGCGCCCAAUAGAUCCUCACAAGGUCGAGGCGGAAUAUGGAAACCAAGGCAGCGAUUUCAAGGGUGUUCCUCGCGAAGGAUUCGGUUGGGUUAACGCGAGUUACAUCUACGGCAUGACGCUCAUCAGCGCACACAUGAAACGAGCUCUCGGUGCCCUCACAACAUGGGACACCUUUGAGCAGGCCAUGUCCGACCUUGGGAUGAUCUAA